AUGCAGUCGCAAGCUUCCUCCAUUAGGAAUUUGGAGGUGCAGGUUGGACAGAUUACGAACGAGCUUAAAAAUAGAGUGUCUGGUACGCUGCUCAGCAGCUUGGAAGCACCGGGACUAAGUGGCAAGGAACAAUGUCAAGCAGUGACAUUGAGAAGUGUUAGAAAGGUGGUCCCCGUGCCAACAGUACCAGAAUUAGUAGAACGACCAGAAGAAUUAAUCACCAACAAUGACCACUCAAUUACAAACUAUAGAUCUACCAGUUUAGAAGCAACUACCUCUACGAAGAAUAAAUCUCCACAAAACCCAGAACCAAAGUCAUCGCAAACUCCAGCCCCAAGAACACAGGAAGCAAGGGACCUUAAAGAACAGUCAAAUGAUCAUGAAGUGAAGUUCCUCAAGGAUAUACUCGCCAAUAAGAGGAAGAUCGAGAAAAAUGAAAUUGUCGCACUAACGUAUGAGUGUAGUGCGCUCUUCCAGAACAACAUCCCCAAGAAAAUGAAAGAUCCAGAGAGCUUCACAUUGCCAUGCUCAAUCGGGGGUAAAGAAGUCGGAAAUGCGCUUUAUGACUUGGGGGCAAGUAUCAACAUGAUGCCCUUAUCAAUCUUCAAGAAGUUAAACAUGAGCAACGCAAGACCCACCACAGUCAUGUUGCAGUUGCCUGACAAAUCAAUAACGCAUCCAGAGGGCAAGAGAGAAGACGUACUCGUGCAAAUGGAUAAAUUCAUCUUUCCUACUGACUUUAUUAUACUGGAUUACGAAGCUGACACUAAGGUGACGAUCAUAUUGGGUCGCCCGUUUCUCGCAACAGGGCGAGUGCUGAUCGAUGUAAAAAAAGGAGAACUCACCAUAGGAGUCGACAAUCAGCAAGCAAAGUUCAACGUUCUCAAUGCGUUGAUAUGGAAAACUGCCAGUAUAUUAGAGAACUCCAGGAAGAACAAUGGCACGAGUUUCAAGAAGAAUCGGAGGAAGAAGACUUUGAGGUUGGUGCAAUGCUGGAGGAGAUUUGUGCCGCAAUACAGAAUGACCUAG